UGUCUUCCUUCCUGUCAGCAAGGGUUGUUUCCUGUAAAAAAAAAACAAAAAAAACGACUGACCUGGUGACAAAGUUACAGAAUGAUGAAAGCGCCACAGAUGAUGUAUUUUGAGUUUUACUUCCUCACUGAUACCUCAAAUAUAGCUUACAAAACAUCAGCUGGCUCCCACUCAUGUUUCUGGUUCUUAGUAAUAAGCUGUUAAUAUUAGAAAUGAUGAUGUAUGUGGAAAGAUAGUGUGUGGCACUAUGGAAAAUUCCUGUAAAAUAAUGAGCAGUCACAAAGUUUUAAUGGUUAGUUGGAAAUGUUGAUAAUUGGGCGCAGAUUGUAGUUUACACAGUGAUAACUUAACAUCGUAUCAUAGUAUUUAGGAUCUUGAACAUUAACUUGGUUAAUGUAGCACUUAUUUAAAAAAUACAUUUACCUAAGUUUUGUUUUGAUUCUGCCUGUUUGUGGCUCUUGAGGACCCCUAGUGGAUUGUUUGUGCAAACAAAAAAGGAAGCUAAGUGGUGUAUAUCGCAGGCAGCCAGUGCGGCUUCAGAGAGAGGAUGAGCUGUAUGCAGCAGGAUCGCAAAGUUUUGCUCCAACAAAAGCGAAGAAAAUGUCGAUUUUGACAGAUAACUUGUGUUGAGUCGUUGGCUUGCUGUGAAUCUGGACAUAAAGGAUGUUUUUUUUCCGCUGCACCGAUUUAUAAAGAGUUGACCAAACAGAGUGAAGCAAUGAACUCAGGCAUGCACAAGCCACCACUGGCCCCUAAACCAAAGUUAGUCCAUCCCCAGAGGCCAGGGCUUUCUCCCUCAACCCCCAGAAGAGAUGGCCUCUCGCACCCAUCACCUGGCACACAGAGGAGGGUUAAACCAGUACUGGCUCCGAAACCCUGCCUUUCCAAACUUACAGCUGUGGAGUCCAAAUCCCUCGCUUCAAAGAGCCUGCACCAAACAUCUGUAACAGAAACCCCACGGACCAUAGGUCUCCUUAACUCCCAAAAUGGAAUACAGCAAGAGAACAAAAAGCCAGACUGGGAUUAUAUUAUUCCUAUUUGUCUGUGUAGCCAGGAGAACUGCCUGUGCAUCAGGAACACAUCAGCACACAUAGACAAAACUGAGAAAGACUUGAAAACGUUGCAAAGGGGUAAAACUGCAGAGAACAGAAAGACUAUCCCGACAUCUCGAGGUACUCUGGAAAACAGCGGAGAGAAGGUGGACAAUGCUAAGUGCCAAGUGACGAAUACUGCCUCCACCAAUACCCACCUCACAAACCAUAAACCCCUCCAACAGACACUUACUUUAGAAAAAAAUCUCAACACAGACAUAGAUACCUCCAGUCAUGAGGUAUCUGUCAGGCUGUCUCUUCCUCGCCGAACUUGGAGCGAUGAGGCAAAUGGUAACAUAAUACCUCUGAGUGCACCUGGGCGAGGACCAGAGGAAGAUGCUCUUGGCACAGAGCAGAAGUCUCGUGUGCUCCAACCCAAACCAAUCCCAGCAGCCUCUAGGAAGCCCGUCCCUGUCCCGAUACCACGGAAACCCAGGAAGGCUGUGCUGACCCGUCAGGAAAAGGUGGAGGAGGAGAGGGAAGAGAUUUCAAGCCAGGAAGGGAGGGAAAUGAAUGUCAAAGAGUUGAAGGUGUCAACAGAGGGGAAGGGCAGCUCAUCCUCGUCUGUCAGUGUACCUGUUAGUGAAAACAGGCAGCCACUGUUUCUGUCUGCAAGGAAACCCUGCGCCCCACCAGCCCCUCCGCCCAGGAAAAAGCUGUAUCUGUCGGCACCUGAGAGGCCGCCAACCUCUGCUACUCAGACACUGCCAAAGGAUGUGGAGGAAGAAGACCUGGGUUGGGACAGCAGCAUCUAUGAGAUGGAGAUAUCGGUUGACAAGGAGGAUGAAGAGGUGGAGAGGGAAGGAAGGGAUGAUCAGGAGGCAGUUUACAGUGACCUCACACAUUGUCUGCCUUCUAGCCGUUCGCUCAGUCAGCCAGAGAUCAGACUGCCAUCUGUGGCAGCAGAGGAUGGGAUGGUCAAGGUAGCUCCGAAAAAGCCUCAGAGACACAGCAGCCCGAUGGCACGGCUGCAGAAGAAGGAAUCUUCUGAGGAGAAAGAAGAGGAGAGAUUAGCAGAUAAUGAGAAAAGCAAGGCUCUUCCCAUACAGGAUUGUGUUUUGAAGGAGAGGAUGAGGAGGGAGCUCCCUUCGCCUCCAGAUGACAAACCAAGAAACUUAAAAGCUGGAACCAGCAAACCUUCUCGUUCCAGCCUGGGCAAACCGAGAGCCAAGUCAUUCUCUGGUGCUGACCUGAUUCACUCUGAAAGACAGAAGAAGAACUCUUUCCGGAAACUGCUGGACUUGAAGCUCUCGGUGAAGAUGUUGCCCAAGCUGAUAGUAAAAGGAGUCCAGACAUCAGAGCGAAAUGCGAAUGAAACAGAGCAGUGUGUGGACAGUGAUCAAGACAGACCUCCGAGCUUCCUCGAGCAUUUCAGGACUGAACGUAAAUUCUCCUGCCCGCUGAUUGGAGUAGAGCAAAACGUGGACGGAGACGAGUUUUCCCCUGGAAUCGAACAAGCUGUCGACUAUGAGAACAUCCCUCAUUAUGAGGAGAUCCCAGACUAUGUGAAUGCGCAUGUGGGGACGGCAGUGACAUCGCCUCAGGCCCCACAGCCAUCAGCCUGGGAGAGUUUAAUGUAUAAUGAUGAGGGCAUUUAUGAGGAGCAGGAGCCAUAUAUGUCCCUGGAGAAAAACUCUGGACACCAACUAAGACAUGGAGACUUUGACAGUUCUGUGGAUGAGGAGGUGGCACCCCUGGAUGAUGGGCACUCGGAUGAUGACGUCAUGGCUCAUACCUCAGAUGAGGAGGACGAGGACGAUAGCAGCUCCAUCUCAAGUAAAGGGGACCCUGAGCAACCAGAGGAGAGUGCGACGCCGAGUGGACCGAAAAAGAGCAAGAUACACCACAUCGCCACAGAGAUUAUGAGCUCUGAGAGUGUGUUUGUUGAUGUUCUGAAGUUGCUUCAUGUCGACUUCCGAGAGGCGGUAUCCAAAGCAUCUCGUCAGAGUGGGAAACCUGUGAUUGAGGAGCGUCUGCUCAACCAGAUCCUGUACUACCUCCCCCAGCUCUACGAACUCAAUCAAGACCUGCUCCGAGAGCUGCAGUUCAGAGUGGCCAAAUGGGAUGAGAAUGCACAGCUAGCAGACAUAUUCCUGAAGAAAGGGCCCUAUCUGAAGAUGUACUCUACAUACAUCCGUGAGUUUGACAAGAAUGUGGCUCUUCUGGAAGAGCAGAGUAAGAAGAACCCGGCAUUCAGCGCAGUGGUACGGGAGUUUGAGGCCAGUCCACGCUGCGCCAACUUGGCUCUGAAGCACUACCUACUAAAGCCUGUUCAAAGGAUACCUCAGUAUCAGCUGCUGCUCACAGACUAUCUAAAAAACCUGUCUGAAGACUUGGAUGAUUACAAGGACACACAAGCUGCUCUUGGUAUAGUGAAAGAAGUGGCCAAUCAUGCCAAUGACAUCAUGAAACAAGGGGAUAACUUCCAGAAGCUGAUUCAGGUGCAGUGCAGUCUGAACGGCCACCAUGAGAUAGUCCAGCCUGGGAGGAUCUUCCUGAAAGAGGGCAUCCUGAAGAAGCUGUCCAGGAAGGUUAUGCAGCCCAGAAUGUUCUUCCUGUUUAACGACACGUUGCUGUACACCACUCCUGUUCAGUCAGGCCAGUACAAGUUGAACAACAUGCUGUCUCUGGCUGGGAUGAAGGUUAGCAAACCAAGCCAAGAGGCCUAUCAGAAUGAGCUGAACAUUGAGAGUGUGGAGCGCUCCUUCAUUCUCUCUGCAAGUUCGGCCACAGAGAGAGAUGAAUGGCUUGAGGCCAUUUCCACAGCAAUCAAUGACUACACCAGGAAGAAGAUCAGUUUCAUAUCUGGCAAGAGUCUAGAGGAGGUAGAACUGGGGGAAAAUGGUGAUGGUGCUCCUUUGGGAUCCAAAGCCCCUAUAUGGAUCCCUGACCCGCGGACCACCAUGUGCAUGAUCUGCACCUGUGAGUUCACCCUGACAUGGAGGCGACACCACUGCCGAGCAUGUGGAAAGGUGGUGUGCCAGUCUUGUUCCUCAAACAAACACUGCCUUGAAUACCUUAAGAACCAGUUGGCACGAGUGUGUGACCAGUGUUUCCUUGUUCUCCUGCAGCAGAAAAGUGAACAAGCCGUGUCAACAGCUGUUUCCCCUGGCAGCAGAGCUACAUUUGCUUUCUCCAGGAAGCAUAAGAAGAUACCUGCCGCCCUCAAAGAGGUGUCAGCAAACACAGACAACUCCUCCAUGAGUGGGUAUUUGCAGAGGUCAAAGGGCAAUAAGAAGCAGGGGAAGAGGUUGUGGUUUGUGAUCAAAGACAAGGUCCUGUAUACCUACGCUGCAAGUGAGGAUGUUGCAGCUUUAGAGAGCCAGCCCCUUUUAGGAUUUAUGUUGAAAGUAGAUUCAUCUCAGAAGUUACAGUUCAAGCUUUACCACAAAAACACACUUUACUACAUUUUUAAAGCUGAUGACAUCCAAACCACCCAGAGAUGGAUUGACUCAUUCAAAGAAUCUACGGUGCUUUAAUAUCUGUUGAUGGUGUGUGAAGUUGUUCAACAUGCAACUUUUUUGUUCUUGUCUGAAAAUGUUGUACCUCAGUGCUCUCUGAAUUCUGCAGAAAAUGUCUGGAGACACCAUUUAAAUGAAACUGAAAUAUAUUUUAUUUUAGUAGUUACCUUUUACAGUGCUUUGAGAGCACUCCUGUGGAGGUGGGAAUCUUUUCCACAGGGAUUUAUGCCACAAUCACCUGUAGGUUUUUUAGACUUUCACACUUUGAUUUCGUCACAACUUUGUAAUUUAUUUUUUUUAGUAACUUUAGUAACUGUUUUUCUGUAGCACAGUUUUCAUGAUAAAGCCUGUUGUCUUUAGAUUGGUAAUGAAUAUUGUCAUAAAACUUUGAUUCACAUUUACCAAAUAUUUUACUAAUUUUUUUGAAGUCAAAACAAAUAAUUUUUAAAUGUUUCUAUUUUUUUUUUUUUUUGAAUAAGUACUUUAUUUCACACUCAAAUGUUCUGGUUUGUAAAGUUGGCUGUAAAACACACAAUAUGCACUUUUAAUGUUUCUGUUAUGAACUUUCACCUCAACAUUAUUAAGACUUUCUGUAACUUUAUGUCAUAGAUAGCCCGAGAGUCUAAAUGGUAUAUCUGGGGAAUAUUCACUGAUAUAACUGUACUGGACCAUAACCUGUGUUGCACUUAAGUCACUCAAAUGUCUGUAAAUAGAGUAGAUGAUAGCUGUGCAUACAUCUGUAAAUAUAGAUGAUUGUAAAUUAAAUGUAAUUAAAGCAAAUUUUCAUGAAUCUGAUUUUCUAAAUUCUGUGUUGCUUUAAUAAAGACUGUUUUAACUUG